AUGUCGUCUUCCGAACAGCCGCUUCCCAUCGUCAUCUGGGUGCAUCCGCGCUCGUGCUCCACCGCAUUCGAGCGCUCGCUUAUGCAGCGCCCAGACACCGUCGUCUUCCACGAGCCCAUCGGUGAUCCCUUCUACCUCGGCAAGAACCGCCCUUGCCGCCGCUUCUCGGAAGAAAAGGCAAAGGAGUCGGGCAACUACGACCUUACCGUCACCGAAGUGCUCGAAAAGGUGCUCAACCCGACCAAGGAGGACCUCGCCAAAAACAAGGCAUGGCCGCCCAAGUACGUCUUCCUCAAGGACAUGGGCCAAUGCCUCUUCCCCGCCGAUUUGCUCCACCAGCUUCAUCCCGACUCGAAGGUCUUCCCCGCACCUGCCGACGGCUCUGCUUCGUCGAAACCCUUCGACGUCAACGCACCGGUUAUUGAGAACCCGACCACCGUUCCCACUGCGAUUCUGAAGCGCUUCCGACACUCGUUCCUCAUCCGCACACCCGAAAAGUCGAUCCCGAGCUACUGGAAGUGCGUCCAGGAGGGCGCGUCCGGCUGGGAGUUCUGGGAUCAGGCCGACGCCGGCUACAUUGAGCUCAAGAUCCUCUACGACUGGAUCUCCAACCCGGACUCCACCUUCAACACUGAAAAGGGCGACGAGCUGGCCGUCGAGCAGCCCCAGCCUCCUCCUCUCCUCGACGCAUCAACGCUGCUCGCACACCCCGAUCACGCCAUCAAGACCUACUGCCAAGCCAUGGGCAUCCCCUUCUCGCCAGAGAUGCUCAGCUGGGACUCGGGCCCCGUCGACGAAUGGGCAAAGUGGGGCGGAUACCACAACGCCGCCGAGAACUCGACCGGCUUCAAGAAGGAGGCGCCCGCAGACGCUGCCAAGGCCGACAAGCCCAAGCCCAAGAUCGCAGAGCACCUCCAGGGCGCCGUCGACGCCUGCGCCGCUCCGUACGAGUAUCUGCUUUCCAAAGCCACCAUCCGCGCCCCUUGA